AUGACCUUUUUUCCUCAAGUGUGGUUUAAUAAGACUUCUUGCAGUAUAAAUAUUGAAUUACAAGUUUGGCAAGCAAACAAUGAUAAAUGUCAUUUCACGCACAUUUUCAUAGGCGAGGCGGGUCAUGCAACAGAACCUGAGUGUAUCAUCCCUGUGGCAGACCUCCUGGACCCCAAUAACCCCAGGGGCGGUCAGCUGGUGCUGCAGUUAGGACCAAUCCUCAGAUCCCCGAUUUCACAGAAGUAUGGACUGGAGAUUUCUCUUUUGGAACGUUUGAUGACGUCAUGUCCUGCUUACACUCGUGGUCCCAGCGGGAAUUAUAACUCUAAUCUUUUGACAAAACUUAUGAACAACUACCGUUCACAUAGAGCCAUUAUCGAGAUUCCUAAACAACUGUUUUAUGAAAAUGAGUUGAAUGAAUGUGCUGGAGAUUUCAGAAAUAUGAUGAUAGGCUGGGAAGAGCUUCCAAAUAAGAACUUCCCGAUAAUUUUCCAUCCGGUGUUUGGUAAGGAUGAAAGAGAAGGCAGCAGCCCUUCAUUCUUUAACGUGGCUGAGGUAGCAACUAUUGAGCGAUACCCGAGGAAACUGUUGGACGACAAUGUGAGGAGCAGAGGACUAAAGCACUUGAGACCUGAGAUGAUUGGGGUGAUCUCGCCUUACAAAAGACAAGUGCAAAAGAUCCAGAAAAUGAUCGAAAAAAGACGCUUUGGUGACGAGAUCAAGGUUGGCAGCGUAGAGGAGUUUCAGGGGCAAGAAAGAGGAGUUGUCAUCUUGUCAACAGUAAGAUGCACCAAGAAAGAAUAUCUGGAGAUGGACAAGGACUUCUACCUCGGAUUCCUGAACAAUGCCAAGAGAUUCAAUGUGGCCGUAACUCGUGCCCAGGCUCUCUUGAUUGUGAUAGGGAACCCGGACAUGCUGUGCCUGGACAAGAACUGGAAAACUUUUGUAAAUUACUGUCGUGCAAACGACGCUACUGUUAACGUGGAAAGGAAAGAAAAGGUGGAAGACAUUGCAGACACUUUGAAAAGACUCAACCUCUUCUCUGCAGCAACUUCAGGUGAUCAGCUGUUCUGA